UUAAAAGCAUUUCAACGUUCAAAGCAAACGUUAAAAAGUUAAAAUUUUAGUUUCAUUUAUUUAUCCAUUUUUGGUGUUGCAUAAUAUGAGUAAAAAAAGAAUCAGUAGCAUAUUCCGGCGCAAAAGAGAGGCCGAAAAGGAGGAAGAUGAAACCGAGCAACAGCCACAGGCCGGAACCGAACCCAAAGCUCAGGAUAAGCCAAAAGUCAAGGAUGACAUUGAGAUACUGUUGCCGCAGGCGCAAGAUGGCAUGAUGCCCUCAUAUUUCCACGUGGGUGGUUGGGCGAAGGAUUGUCUCAUCAGGGGAUACAAGUCUGGUGUUUGGCAAUUACGGUGCUCCUCAAAGACCGAGAAUGACAUGGCCUUGAGCAGUUUCGGAGAGGGAAAUCCUGACUUGACUUCAGUGUUAGGAGGGCUCGACGCUUUCAAGCAGUUCGAAAAUUGUCACACGUCCCUCACCUGGAUAAGCAGCAACGAGUGGCAAGGGGAGCUCGGAGUACGAGGUGAGGUGGCUGGCGGAAUAGCCCAUUCCAUUCUGAGGUCAACACUUCCCAUGACGGACGAAUACCAGCUCAAGGGCAAGCUGAACGCUGGCUUUGAGCGCAGUCCUUUCAAGAUCGAGGCAGUGUUGCCAAUUGUGAAGGAGCCCACGUUUAUGGGAUACAUCCUUGUGGCGCCUGCUGAGAACUGGCUGCUAGGCUACCGCAUGGUCUACAGCCUCUCGGAGAAGGCAUUCGACAAGCACGCCUUCUGCGUGGGAUAUAAAAACGAGUCCUCUGAAGUGGGUCUCAAGCUGGAGAACUUUAAAGAUCUGCGGGGCUCCAUUUUUCAGCGCAUUGGCGAGAGCUGGGCCGUGGCUCUGAAAAUGAACUUUUAUGGCGAGGAGCAGCUAAAGAAGUUUGCCAUUGGAUGUCAAUACCAGCUUGAGGAUGGAUCGCUGUUGAAAGCCAAAGUUCGAGACGAUGGGAACGUGGGUGUGGUUUUUCAGACAAAAAUCGGCGAAAAUAUUGAUGUGAUGUAUCAUGUGGGCUGCGAGUACAAAGCCCCGAUUAGUGGGGAUCAUAAGAUCGGUGCUUCCUGGACUUUUAACUGUUAAAAGGUAGAAAUUAUAAUAGUCAAUAUUACGAGGCACAUACUAUAUACAUAAACAUACAUAUGUACACAUUUAUAUGCCAGAAAUGCUAAUAAAACAUUAAAA